AUGAGAACGACCACUGAGAAGCGUCCCCUCGUGCCAAAGGCGAGCACUGCCACCUCAAAUCUAACAGGCCCCACUGCUGCCACCAAAAAUGGAACUGCUACCACUGCAGCCAGUAAAACCACCACAUCUGUGCGGACGUCACUGACUACUCGCACCAGUACCACUGCAGCCAAAAAGCCUCUGGCUCCGAAGACAAACAGCAAACCAGGAGAAGAGAAGAAGCCCAGCACUCUGAAGACUACUGCAGCUGACUCGACCAAGCCCAAGACCACUACCACCACCCGCAGCGCUGGUGCCACCACCACCACCACCACCACCGCCUCUCGCGCUCGAACUACAGCAGCCAAACCGGCCACACCAUCCUCCAGCACCGUGCCGGAGAAAAAGCCCUUGGUGCCCCGCGCCCCUCGGGCCUCUUUCUCUAGCACCACUACCGCCACCUCCAAGACUGCGACUCGACCCAGCACAGCACCAGCCCCUGACAUCCGCAACGCCCGCUCCAAGAUCGGCUCUACAGACAACAUGAAGCACCAGCCUGGAGGAGGGAAGGUUUCAUCUGCCUCUCAGAGCAGGGCUGUUGCCUCCAAAGACACGAGCCAGGGCAAAGUUCAGAUAGUCUCCAAAAAGCUGGACUUCAGCCACGUCACCUCACGCUUGGGCUCCAAGGACAAUAUGAAGCAUGUUCCUGGUGGAGGGAAUGUGCAGAUACUGAACAAGAAGGUGGAUUUGAGUAAGGUGACGUCAAAGUGCGGCUCCAAGGACAACAUCAAGCACAAGCCUGGUGGCGGGGACGUGAAGAUCGGGUCCCACAAAGUGAACUUUAGGGAAAAGGCUCAGUCCAAAGUGGGCUCCACUGACAAUUUGAGCCAUUCACCUGGUGGAGGGAACAUUAAGGCUGAGGGGGGCCAGGAGACAACUGAGGGGAAUGGGACCCCCCUGAGUGGCACCCAGGCCCCAGCCCCAGGCUUUGAGCCAGGGCAGGCUGGGGACCUCGCUGCCCACGAGAAUGGGCUGAAGGACGGGGCUCCAUGUGAUAGCGAGAGUCUCCGGGAGCCCCAGGCUCUGGACUCGAGCAUCCCAGAGACAAGCAUCUAAUUCUGCUGUCCUUCUGCCCUCCUCAUCUCAACCCCCCCACAACAUCAUCUUCUCCCACUCCCCCACCUUCUCUCGUAUGUAAUUUUUUUUAUCCUUUAUCCCUGUCCCCUCUUCUCUCUCUCUCUCCACUCCUCUUUCCAACCUCUCUGCUGCAGAUUGAGUCUUUCAAGCUCAACUUCCGCGAGAAUGCUCGCUCUCGCACGGACCACGGCGCCGACAUCGUCACCUGGCCAGCCCCCCAGGACAGCGGACCCCACCCACACGGCUCCUUCUAUUCUCUACACCGCCACCACCAAAACCUGCCCCCGACUUGCCGCAGCGUCUCCCUCUUUGGGUCGUUGGCCGCCACCGCGUGCUGUGACGGCUCCCCCUCCGCCCCCUCCUUGCUGCAUCUCCAGGUGGAGGUCCAGGGGGACGGCAGCAGCUCCUCAAUGAGAUCUUGACCUUUUCUUUGCCCCCAUAAAGCUCUGAAAACCUCCCUGAUCUUAAAUCUGUUGUUGCAAACUUUUGACUUAUCUAAUAGUUCUGCUUCAUGCCUCUUCUCUCACAUCUGAGCUCGCCAUUAUGAGCCGUCACCCUCAUCGUUUCAAACCUUUCCACCCUCCUGCAUUUGGCUGAAGUGACUGUAUAGACUAAGCUUGAGCCUCGUUGGGAAUCUACGUGAAGGGAAAUUAGGGGACUGCAAGUUUUCCGUACAUUUGUGGCUGCAUCUUCUUAUAGGAAUCAUUGAGUUUCACUUGGAUCCUCUUUACCCACGUCCUGGUGGUGGACUCUGACCCUGCAUCACCUCUCCUGCGCACCUCAGACAGCAGCUUACUUGUCUCCCGAGCAGCAUGGAAAUCCUUUCAGACUCACCUACGGCUUCUGUCACACACGUACAAUAGCUUCGCUUUCCCUCGUGAUUGUAGGGGCUGUUUGUUCCCAGUAACCACUUACUCUGCUUCAAUAACGUCCACAGUAAUCCAUUGUUCAUCCUCAUCAUCACUUCCUCUCAUCAUCGUCACUUACCAUAAACAAGCUGAGAAACAAAAAAAAAAGCUAGACAACAAGUAGGCUGUAUGAACAUUUUAGGCUGUUUAACUCUUUAUUCUCUGUGUUUGUGAUGAUGUGUUUGAGUGACAAAAAUUGUGUAAAAAUGAGCUUCGGUGUUCCGUUCGGUUUUUAUUUCUGUCUUUCCUCUUAGGUUUUGAUUUUAAAAAACAAGUUUUCAUUUAUUUAUUGUACGUUUCUUCCUAUAUAAGCAAUACGGUGUUCGUUUAUUUUCCUGAUAGUAGUGCGAACAUCUUGGAAACACGCACAGGAUUUUUCUCAAACCAAGACUCAGUGAGGAAAGAGGUGACAUGUGAAGGGAGGAAGAAAGUGAGGAGGGAGGUGUUCCUAGAAAGGUGCAGAAAUGAGGCUUUUGAGGUGUGUUUCACGUGAAUGGCAAAAUAAGAAACCUGUAAGUCUUUGAAAUUCGAGAAGCUGUAAGUGAGCGUACAGUCCAGUGGGAGAUGAGGAAUAUGUCGGAUAGGAAAUGUCUUUGACGUUGAAGGAGAUGUGUGUCUCGUUUGUGCCUCCUGACCUUCAUACCUGAAAACUAAAGUUAAUGACGAAGAUGAUAAUGAGAGAAUAUCAUAGUUGAUAAAACAUAUGAAACAACCUGGUAUCAGCCGAUUUAAGGAAAUUGUCCCGGUAGCUGUGUGUAGUCACAAGUUCAGGUGUUCCCAUGAGGGUUAUAGUAGCAUGUUUUUCGGCACUUGACACAAAACAUCUUUAAUAGUGUGCGUGGUCUUGUUGGAAGUACUGGCAGCGGAACAUGAUGCAGCUUUAUCCUCUUCUCCUAUAGCAAUGUAUUUCAACUGUCGCCUCCAAUUGCCUUUCAAACGCAUGGCCAGAUUCUGUAAUAUCCCCCCUGGAGCUGAAAGCCUGUGUGCAUUAUAACUCAAAGUGUUGUGGUUUGGUACCAUAUGUGUAACUCUGGGGAAACAUCUUAGACGGUCGAUGUGCUGUAACUCACAUGGUGAUUUUUAAAUGGUGACAAACAGGGCAAACUAGUUUAUGAUCAUUAAAGUUUCAUCUUUUAGAGACUUGAUUUAGUUCCACGUGCACAUUUAUAUACAGCGAUUCAAUGGCUCAAACAGACAGAAAUACUCUUUUUUACAUUAGCAGUUCAAUUAUCUCUGGUACAUCUAUGACAUACUGCUCAUUAUCCACUUCAUCAGUUUACGUAUAGUGCUAUAACAAGGGCUGGGUGUCGUUUUCGAUUCAAGAACUAUUAUUGAUACCGAAACAACUCUUGAUGAAAAAUAAUAUUAAAAAAAAUAUAUGACUUUAAUUUGUAGGAAUGUGUAAAAUUAAUCUUUCAAUAAAUAAAUAGAUUUUAUAGAAUGUUUUUUGUUUGUUUCUUUAGAAUAUUUUCAUGUAAAUGUAAAACCCUCUGAUCAAAUAAUUACACAUCUGAGGAAAUUUGAACUCUGACAGAUUCAUACUCAAAGCUGUGGACACAUUUCAGUGAGUUAGAUGAAGCUUGAUACCCAGCACUUGUUAUAUAUAUAUAUAUAUCCAUAUAUGAUUUUUUCAGUUAACUGAAUUUCACAAAAAUGAAUGUUAAUACUAGAAAAGGCAUUUUCUAAAAAAAAUCAUCAUCAUCAUUGGCUUUAUUGAAUUUUACCACUGUAGCUGCAUUGACUGUCCCCGAGAGAUGACAUCCUUCUACAAAAACACUCCUGGGUUGAGUUCAAAUUGUCACUUUAAUAAUGAUUCAUAAAACGCUUUGACAAAACUAAAUUGCACCUUAAUGCUUAAAUGUAUCGGAGUGAUGAUGUUUCAUUAACCGUUAAAUGACUCAUCUUUGAACAAGUAAUUCAAUUGAUCCCUAAUUAAAGCAAAUGAGCAAUAAACUGGCGUACGCUGCCCUCACCUUUCCUAUUCAAUCAUUAAAAAACGAUUCAGUCAUUAUUUCGUUCUACAUUGGAAUGCCUUAAAAAGUGAAAAGCUAACAAGCAAAGAUCAAGUUUUUUUAAAACAGUAAUAGGCAAUAAAUGUUGAUCAAUGUCUUCUGAACGAGGGAAUGUAUAAAGUGCAGACGAUUGAGUGCUUUUCUGCCAGCUGAGCGCUGAAUUUGUGUCACCGAGCUGAAGUUUUCCUUGUGCCUCUCCACAACCGCGUUUUAGCUUUGCUUUUACCCCAGAGUUUUUACUCGCCCCUCGGACUUAAGAAGAUAUUUUAACGAUGCACUCUUUACGGCCCUGAAAUCAAGAACAUCACCGGGGGGUUGGUGGGUGGGAGUUUCGAGGCUGCUUUUAUGUCCAUGUACCUUUAAUGGUUUUACGGGGAGUAUGCGUUUUAUCAUGACUAUUAUGACUAUUAUUCUCAUUAUUAGUAUGACAAAUUGAAAAGGUCUGCCUUCUUCUCUGGAAAGGGGCCACUGAAGUGAAAGAAUGUCUUUUGAGAUAUAUUGUACUAAAGACGCAACGCUUUUGUAUAUGUAUUUAUCGUUGUGUUUCUGUAGCCUCGUGACGGUUGUGCACUCGCGGAUGAAGCGGUUACACUUUUGAUUUGUGACAGCCAGUUUCACAAACUGCGCUGCGGACUUCUUUUAAAGGAGAUCUGAACCCAAAUACAACGAACGCAGAAAAUCUCAUAGAGCCAGAUUGUUAUUAAAGAUGCUGUAAGAGCAGCUUGAUUUAGAACCUGGCAAAUAGAGCCUAAUUAUAACAAGAGGCAUUUAACCAUACCUGUAGUGCACAUUUAUGAAUACACACUAAUAAAUGAUGUCCACAAACUCAGUCUUAAGAGAUGAAAAUAAUGUUCUGAUUAGCUCAAAAUUCGCUUUAAAGAUUCAGUGACCUCUGUAUAGGUUUGUUUGAAAAAAGAGGAAUGUGACUGAAGCCGCCAGAAUCACAAGAUAUUGUUUAUCACAGUACACAAAGCACUGAGUUUAGAGGUCAGUGAAUAAGCCUGUAAUUUGGAAGUAACGCAUAUCAAUACAUAUUGGCUUCUACACGUUGCACUGGAGCAGCAGCCUGCCCUGAAGAGCCGCACACACCGAGACCCUAACACAUCCUCGUUUGACAUUAAGGCGACUAAUUGUAGCUGCUGGGUUUGGCUUGUGUGAUUAAUGCUCCUCAGUAAUAAUCGAUCCGAGGAGCCACGUAGAUCUUCAUGUACUGCUACAUGUACUCGUACCAGACAAGUGUAACACUCGCUAAUAAACACCUACUACACCUGCAGUGCAUGCUGAAAAAACAAUGGGAUGUGUUAGGUUAGACUUACUAUGACAUUUGCAGAACCUCCUCAUGUUUUUUUGUGUUUUUUUUUUUUUUUUUUUUUUUUUUUUUUUUUUCAUUAAUUUGAAUUGUAUUUUUUGGUUUGGAAAAAAAAGUGUUUAUUGUGAUUACUUGUUAAUUAGUGAUGUGAUUAAUAAACAUUAAAUAAAAUGAACUAAAACGCUCA